AUGGCGCCUGGAGAACGCUCUGAAGAGGUGUGGCUGUGGUACACGGCCGUUUAUGAGGCGAUUCAGGAGAUACCGUAUGGCAAGGUCACCAGCUACGGACACAUUGCCCGGCUGGUGGGAAAGCGUGACGUCAAAAGACAGGUGGGCGUGUGUCUCAAGAACCUGCCAUCGCCAUCGCCAUCGGGCGACAGCAGCAGGACGAAGCCUAGGUUUCAUAGCGGCAAUGUGCCUUGGCAGCGCGUGAUCAACGCCAAAGGCGGCAUCAGCCCGAGAGGACCAAGUGCAGCGGCGCACCAAGCUGAUGCUCUACGGAGGGAGGGUGUAGAGGUCAGGCAGGACGGCAUGGGGCAGUACAUGGUGGAGCUGGACGAGUACGGGUGGUUCCCGGACAUGCUCCCGAGCGAGGCAGAGCAGAUAGAGGGCAGCGACAUGGACGAAGACAAGGACGAGGACGAGGCCGCGUACCAUACUUGA